AUGUAUAUGCUUUGAAAGAGUAGAAAAAUUCAGGUGUAAGAAAUCAUUUGAAAUAAUUUUAUUUGAAAAGUUCUAUCAAUUAAAUCUCUUUCAUAACAUGUAGCGCUUCUAUUUUAAAUAAAGCUUUAAGUAAAAUGAUACCAAGUAUCGUUCUAUUCAACCAUUUGUUAGGUAUUUCAGGAACAUAUUACGAUGGUACCUUUAUUAUUCUUAUAAUUCAAAUGUGUGUGUGUGUGUUUCAUUUUCAUUCAGCGUUUUUACUCGCAACUUUUUUUUACAUGUAUUAUAUAAUUUUUUAUUGUACACGCGUAAGUUCAUUAACAAUUGCUUAUUUUGAAAGUUUAUCUCAAUUUUCUUUAAACAUUGCAGUGUAGGUAUAAUAUUUGAGAGAGAAAGAGAGAGAGAGACACGCAUAAUGAAACAUAAUAGGCGGAAAAGAAUAUUGGCAGGGCGCUAUUUUGAACGUCUGCAAUCCCUUCCGUGACUAUAGAUUAGCUGGACUAGACAGGAGCUAUAAGAGCUCCGAUGAACGAGUAACUGGUAUCAGUUCUCAACUCCUUCGAGCAAGGACAACUAUUCUCUAAGCGCUUGACUGGCACGGCUGUCAAAUAUCCAUUAACCACAACUAAAAUCUCACGUUUCAACAUGAAGAUCUUGUUGAUGUUUUUGGCUUAUGUGACUCUCGUGUACUGCGGCAAAACUAAAACUAAAAAGCAGAUUCACGAUCAAGAAGUGAUCGAUGGUUAUGAAUUUGAUUACGCGGGUCAUGAUGCAUCCGCGCUAGGUUUGAUCGAGUCAAAUGGUCCUUAUGUCGAAGCUGCGCCUGUCAUAGCAGUCGCUGCGAGUGGUCAUCGUUCGAGUCUCAUCCGACCUGGUUACAGCGUGGGUGGUCCUUUGGCCAGUAUAGCUAAGGGAGCCGCUGACCAAGCUCACACACAAUUGAAUCAGCAACCAGCGGCCGCUGGACAGGCGGCGUACGUAGCGAAAAACACCCUGGCUCAAGCAGCAGCGCAAUCCGCGGCGACUGCCGCUGCAGCCCUAGCCGGCAAGCAAAUUAUAGUGAUGGGUCUGGAGCAACAGUCGAGGGAUGCGCAUGUCGCGGUGGACGGUGAGAAGCAACAAUUGCAGCAAGCUCAACGGGCGGCCACAGCUGCGAAGAACGCGGCGCAACAAGCGAUGCACCAAGUGCAAGUGAUCACGACGGCGUUGAACGCGGCGCAAGCAACUGCCGAGCAUGCUGCGCAAGCGGCAGCCGAGGCCGCGGCCGAGCUGGCCGCGCAAACGACGAUGGUAGGCCAGGCUAAGGCACGUGCCGAGGCGAUCGCCGAGCAACUCGCGGCAGCCCGUUUGGACUUUGAGACGACGCAGGCUGCGGCACAAAAGGCCGCCAACGCCGCUCAAGCUGCACAGAGCAAUGCCGCGGCCGCGGCAGCGCACGCGGCUAAUACCGCGGCUGCGACUGCAGCGGCACACCACCCGGUCUCUCUGCACGACGCCGAACCCUUCGGUUUGAUAAACGCUUUACCCGUAGAGGCCUAUGAAUAUAAGAGUUAUCACCUCUAAUUCUAAGAGAGAGGGGAGAGAGAGAGAGAGACUCGCGACAAUCGCGCGCUCGUCAAGUGUCUACUUGCCCGGCCUAACACUGCGCGCAGCGGCAUGAACAGCCAUCCUUUUCCUUUUCUAUUCUGUAUCAGACUCAGCGAUCAUAUGUCACUGUGUUCACGUGCCAGACUGCACAAUAAAAUAUUGUUGCCAUUCUCCGAGCUCUCUGUGUGUAUACCUAUUCUCUUUCCUUCUCGAGAAGAAUGUCUCAUUCUAUUCUUCACUCGCCUCCAUUUUCUAAUCAUUCCCUCACAAAUUUUAC